AAAGAUCAACAUUCCAAAUAGCGCUCCCUGGCUCGACCCUUGCGUUUACCUCUCCUUUUCUCUGAUUCACCAGUUGCGUCUGGAUGGUAUUAACUGCUUCGCUACCAAUUGUGCUUGUACUUGGUACAUACUGACAUGAAGCGUAAGCAACCAGAUUCGAGUGACGAGCGUCCGGUCUCGACGCCCAAGAGACAGAGGACCAUAGCUUUCGAUGACACAGCAAAUGGCCGUGCGGAUGAGGAUCCCUUCAUUGAGGCGUCUGCCUCGAAGCGGAUAAAGUCAACACCUCAGAAGCCAAGCACGGCGACACCCGCAGCAUUGAAAGAAUCCGGACUGAAAACGCCCACACAUAAGUCCAAAGCAAAAUCUCUAUUCUCGACUCCUACGAAAGCUACGGCCAUUUCUACCCCUUCCAGAGUGCGGAACGCAGACCGAUCCGCGAAGAAGAAAAGCGCACGGCUUCUUCUAGAGCAAGACGAUGACGAAGACUGGGACGGAGCCGAUCGCCUGGCAGAGGAAAUUUUGCAGCACGAGAACGAUGUGACUGCUGCAGAGAAAGGUGUAAUCGAAACGGUCGAGGGAGAAGAUGAAGCAAACAAGACCACCCAAACACCGAAGCGCCGGGCAGGAAGACCGAAAGGCGCAAAGAAUAAGCGUUCUCCAACGCCCGAAGGAGAACUCCCAGCACAUGAGCGAUACUUUUUCCAGAACCGAGCCGGUCCUCCGCGGACGUCGAACAACAACUUAAAUAAGGUGUCCUUGUUGACACACGAAGAGUAUUUCGAGAAGAUGGCAAAGUAUGUGGACCCAUGUCAGAAAGAAAAGGCAUUCUUGCUCGAUUUACACCAUCGGUCAUUCUCGCAAUGGAACUUUGAGUUUGAGCAAGGAUACAAUAUUUGCUUGUACGGGUACGGCUCGAAGCGUCCUCUACUGCAAGAUUUCGCGGACUGGCUUUAUCAGAAGAAUAGUUCCGCUCCUCCAUCCAUUGUGGUGGUAAAUGGACACACACCAAACAUUUCCAUUCGGUCGAUCUUUGCCACGAUCGUCACCGCCGUACUUGGUGCUGACAUUCCUUCCAAAAUGGGUUCUCAACCGAUAGAGGUCCUGGAACUGCUGCAGUCUGUGCUGAAGUCACGAUCAUCACAAAGGCCGAUCACCGUCUUAAUCAACUCCAUUGAUGCGCCGCCCCUUCGCCGAGCAGCAAACCAAGCUCUCCUUGCGCGUCUUGCUGCUACGCCCAAAAUCCAUCUCCUCGUGACGGCGGAUACACCGAACCAUUUGCUGAUGUGGGAUAUCAGUCUCCGGGACCAGCUCAACUUCGUUUUCCACGAUUGCACAACAUUUGCACCUUUCGACACCGAAUUUGAUGUCGUGGAAGAGGUGCAUAACCUGCUCGGACGUAAGGGACGCCGGGUUGGAGGCAAAGAAGGUGUUGAGUUUGUGUUGAAGAGUCUUCCGGAAAACGCACAGAAUCUGUACCGACUGCUUCUGACCGAAAUCAUCUCCAUGUUCGACGAAGGACACAACUCGGAUGAUGAGAUGGGCGGCGGAGUAGGACGCGAAGGAGACGCGAGGGACGAAGUCGGCAUUGAAUUCCGCAUGCUGUACCAGAAGGCCACCGAAGAAUUCAUCGCAUCCUCGGAGAUGAUGUUCAGGACGUUACUGAAGGAGUUCCACGACCACCAAAUGAUCACGUCGAGGUUGGAUCCAAGCGGAAUGGAAAUCCUCAGUGUGCCAUUGCCGCGAGACGAAAUGGAGGGGGUCCUAGAAGACCUAGUGUUGAGUUGAUGGUCGGUAUUUUAUACGGCGCCAUUUUAUGUACAUGAUACCCCUGUAACACAAUGUAGUAUAUGAAGCUGUUAAAGCUAACAAAUUUGAAUUGAUGGAACAUUACUCUCUCAAC